AUGAACUCGGCUUUUUUACGCGAAGCCUGUCCCGUUGCUCAUUAUCAGCUAUCGCUUCCGACCGCUCUCCUCUGGCGCCCUACCGCUUCACUUGUCCUCAACAUGGUCCGAGGAAAGGCUUCACUACCUCGUUGCUUACAAGCGCAAGGGAAUCGGCAGGUCGCUGCUGCUCACGUCACUCACUCCGACGCUGACGCUCCGUACGCUAUUUCAAGGAGGUCCCCUCUGUGCGUCACAUCCUGGCUAACGACCUCGACUCCAACGCCUUCUACAAUAUCUGUCCGACGCCGAGGCCCAAGGCCAGCCCAACUGCGGCGCCUCUAUCGAGGUCAUGACGCAUGCGCGGGCCAGGGACAAGCGUCGUGGACCACCGCGCGUCCAGGCCGUUGCAGACGGCGGCUUGCUCGCCGUGCUGUUCGGCAACUCCCGGGAGAUUUGCUUCGGACAUUACUGCGCUACCCAGCUCAAGAGCCGCACCUUCCACGAGAUGGCUAAUCCGACAACAACUGUCCGAAACAACAGUCAACCGCGAAUCGCCAUAGUAAUGUGAUAGAGGCUGUCUUUUGUGUCAAGAUUGAUGUUUACGCCUGUAAGCGAUUGAGACUGUAGGCACCUCGCCCCCGAGUCGAGUAUGUCUAUGGUGUUUCAGUGUGCAGAGUGCCGCCCGCAGCGACACCACGAUGGGCUCGAUUCCUGUCAGCAAUACGGAGAAUUUAUGAAGGGAGCGACGCGUUCAAAGAGAAGUCGGUUGCGAAAGAGAACGGCGAAGAUGGUUACUCGCCUCCCUUGGAAGGCUUCUUCCAGAAGAUUCUACACAAGGGCGGUACUCGCUGGUCGACUUGCCUUCUUCUGGUGAACUUGUAAAAGGUGAUGACGCAGAUACUGUCCAGACGACAUUUAUAUGAGGUGAUGACGCAGAUACUGUCCAGACAACAUUUAUAUGUAGAAGUGGAAACUCGCUGGAGGAAGGUAUGCAUCAUAGUGUACAGGCGAGCCUCUACCUCUUGCGCGGUCGCUCUCGCUUGCGCUGUUUUGGCACACAGCUUCCUGUCACGCGGACUGCUGCUCCGACACACCCAUAAGGGGAGGGGGUGAGAAAAGUUUGAACUCUGAGCAUACCUGAACGUGCACACAAAGUCCAGGUCAAUAAUCCUCAUCGAAACGCACGCGCAAGUACGUAUCACUGCAAUUCUUGAAAACCCUCCCUCCGUAAAUUAUGGCUGCAGUUACGGGGCGUGAUUUUGAGGCAACGUUCCCCAAUCCGGCCAAGUUAACUCUAUGCGCACGGCGCAGAGAGCUGAUGUCUGGAUUUCCGUUCAACGGAAUGCCAUGGGCUUGGUUGGCUGUAUAGUUGAUAGUCCAGUUUCAUGUGUGGCCGUGCUCCGAAUAAACAAUCCUGAGACCUUGGA